AACUUCAUUCAUGCUUGCCCCCUCCUGGCUGCCUCCCCCUGUCUGCCUGUCUGCCCGUCGCUUUUUUCUGCAGCAGAGUGGGAUGUAGGUUUUUAUGAGGAUCUCUCACAGCUUCUCCUCGCUCCAGUUUUUUUUAGUGAAUGAUGGGAGCCAGUCUGCUGGAAGCCGUUUGGAUGGAGAGGAUUUUUUAUUGAUGAGAAAGAGACAUUUUGCUGCAACUUUUGGGGGUGUUUCUGUUUUAUGUUUGCAGCGGGAUGGGAGCCAGUCGCUUCCUGUGUGUGCUGCUCUGCGCAGCAACUCUGACACUUCCUGGAAUUUUUGGUAAAAAUGAGAACAGCAAGGUGUACAGGUGGACCAGGCAGAGCCUCCCGCUGCUGCUGGACACACACACUGAGCCUUUGAAUGUGCCUUUGUUCAGAGGGCAGGAGGAGGAUGAGGAGGGAGGAGGAGCGAAGACACUCUGUGGAAUAGAGUGUCAAAGCAGCCUACCACCUGUAGACCAGGAUGAGCAAGAGAGGAUUCUGGGAUACGAGACAAUGUAUGAGAACGGGACACGCACGCACACAGAUAUCAGUUUGUGGGGUUUCAACACGACGUCUGCAGGAGCACCGGCCCGCCCACCAGCUCGCACCCGCAGGAAACGACGGGUUUAUGGAGCAGAUGGACGCUUUGUGAUCUCUGACUCGCACUUCAUCACCAACUACCCUUUCUCCACCGCUGUUCGUCUCUCCUCAGGCUGCUCCGGAGUCCUGGUAUCCCACAAACAUGUGCUAACAGCAGCACGCUGCAUCCAUGAUGGGAAGGACUACCUAGAGAGUGCCAGGAGGCUGCGAGUAGGGGUGCUGCAGCUCAAGAGUAAGAGAAGAAGAGGGGGUAGAAGGAGAGGAGGGCAGCGGAUGGGUGGGAGGAGAGGAGAGGAUGAGGAGCAGGUGAUAGAGGAAGGUGAGGAGCAGAAUAGUAUAGAUGGAGAUGUGGGAAGAGGGAGAAAGGGAGGCAAAGGCAGGAGGCGCAGAGGAAGAAGAGAGGGUGAGGAGGGUGCAGCUGAUCAUGGGAAUAUGGGUGAGUCAGAGAGAAAAGGGAAACGAAGACGCCGUAUACGACGUAGCGAACCCAGGAAGCAGCCUGUCUUCCGUUGGACACGAGUCAAACAAACCCAAAUCCCCCAAGGAUGGAUCCAAACCAAGAGCUCCACCAACUCAGUGUCCCCUGACUACGACUACGCCCUCCUGGAGCUGAAACGACCCCUCAAGCAAAAGUACAUGGAGCUGGGAGUGGCGCCCUCCGCCUCCCUCCCAGCACGGAUCCACUUCUCAGGCUACGAUGCUGACAAAAGCCUGCUGGACGGGCGCGGAGACGAGAAGGUGGUUUAUCGGUUUUGUUCAGUGGCAAACGAGUCAGAGGAUUUGAUGUACCAGCACUGUGACGCACAGCCGGGCGCCACAGGCGCAGGCGUUUAUGUUCGUCUGAGACAGGAAGUGGGAGAGGAAGGCAGGAAAGGGAAGUGGCAGCGGAGGGUGAUUGGGGUGUUUUCAGGCCAUCGAUGGGUGGAGGCGGAUGGGGGCGAGCAGAGGGACUUUAAUGUUGCAGUGAGGAUUACUCCACCUAAAUACGCUCAGAUCUGUCACUGGAUCCAUGGAGAUCCACAUCUCUGCAAAGAGGUUUGACUGCAAAGAGAUGGACCUUGAAAAAGAUUCAGUUUCAGAGAGACUCAAACAUCUGGGUCUGUGUGUAUAACAAACAAACAAAAUCAUAGGAGUGGUCCUAAACUUUGACUUAUGUGUCGAUGUUUUAAUGUAAAGAGUAGGACUUAGAUGCUUUGUACAAAUAAGUCAAAAGUAACUAGUAGCAUAGUGUAAGGCUUCGUCCAGACUGCAGGCAAAAAUGUCCCAGUCUGAUUUAUUUUUUUCUGAUACGUGAAUCAUAUCUGGGUUUUUCAUUACAGUGUGAGUAGCACAAAUCAUAUGGAGUCUGAUCUUUCAACUCUGAUUUGGGCCACUUUCAUAUGUGGUUCAAAAUCAGAUACAGGUCUGAUUUUUGGCAAUGUGGCCUUGUUGUACACAGCCAUAUCGAAGUUCAGUUAUGUCACCUACAAAUGAGGCGCUUACAGAUGUAGUUAAAAGUACGCCUUAAUGGGUAAAAUCUUUUUCAGGAAAGCCAUUCACGUCAAGAUCCCACCACUCCUGGCUCCAGCAUGAGGUGAUGUUUUUGUAAAACAUGCUCCUGGAUCAACAUCCCACAUCGCCUUCCUGGACCAGCACGACAAACAAACACAGCUGUGCUUCUUUUAAAUUUCCUUUGUGCUUCUUCAGAGCUAAGCUAGUUUCCAAAAUGAAGUUAAUAAAGUUGAAGAAAAUCCUCAAUAUCGUUGAACAAAUACAUUAUGAGCUACUGUAGGGUUAGUGAGUUAGCUUUCUAACAAGUAAACUUGCCAAUAGGCUAGAAUAUUAUCAAGUUAGCUUGCUAACUAGGUAGGCUAUGCUAACAAUUAGGCUUGCCAAUAAGCUAGUAUAUCAGAGAAUUUGGUUUCUAACUGGUUGGCUAUGCUAACAGGUAAGCUUGUCAAUAGGCUAGAAUAUCAGCAAAUUAGCUUGCUAACUAGGUUGGCUAUGCUAAUAAGUAAGCUUGCCAAUAGGCUAGAACAUCAGCAAGUUAGUUUGCUAACUAAAUGGCCUAUAUAUGCUAACAAGUAAGCUUACCAAUAGGCUAAAAUGUUGGCGAGUUAGCUUGCUAACCAGGUAGGCUAUGCUAACAAGUAAACUUGCCAAUAGGCUAGAAUAUUAGCAAGUUAGUUUGCUAAGUAGGUAGUCUAUGCUAACAAGUAAGGUUGCCAAUGAGGCUAAGUUUAUUAACAUUAAGAAUAAGGAAAAUGUCAUUUUGCAGUUGAACUGUGAAGGACACAUUUCCCUCCUUCUUCAUAGCCUAUUCAAAACUUUUUUUUACAAGAUUGCAGUGCUUGUAUUGAUCCACGACCAUCACUGACAUGUUGACCCUGGAUAAUUUGGUUGUUGAUCGAGAACCAUCAUCAUCAUCAUCAUCAUCUUUAUCUUGCGUAAGUCGUUUGAUCCAGGACAUGUUGAUCCUGGAUUAUCCAUAAUCAGCAUGGUGGUGAUGAUGAUGGUCCUGGAUAAACCUAACCAAAUCGAUCCAGGAUCAACACAGGAGGGAAAAUGUGUUAAUCGCAGGAAUUUGCAACCGAAAAUGAUAUUAUCUACACUCUUUGAUAGUGAACAAUAUUCUAGCCUAUUGGCAAGCUUACUUGUCAGCAUAGCCUUCCUAGUUAGCACGAUAACUUGCUAACCCUUUAAUGAUACUAAGGAUUUUGUUCAUGGUAUUAACUUCCAGUUGGGAAACUGAAGAGACACAAAGGAAUUUUGAAAGAAGCCCAGGGGCAGCACGCUGAUGAUGACAGAGGGCUGUGAUUGGUUGAUUGCAGUGUUGGUCCAGGAACGUGAUGUGGGUAGUUGAUCCAGGAGCAUGUCCUACUUAGUAAAAUCACCUUGUGCCCUGGCUCCGAGACUGCAUCCACACACACACCUCAGCACAGAAGUAGCAGCCAUUUCUUCUCAAAAAAGCAAUCAUUAGAAAUUUGUCUCUCUUUCCUUGUUCAUCAUCUGCUCACAGAUUCACUUGCUUCCACUGCACACCAACAUAUAAUGAAACCCUAAAUGCUGACACGAGUGGCCUCCAUCUUUCUGCUGUGUGUGACAUCUGAGUUGCUUUUGUUUUGCACAUGCACGCCAGUUCAGGACUGUGACCAGUUCACACUGGAAUCAGAUACUGGGCAUGUUUAAAAUACAAUGUAAAUAGCAGAAUUGAGUGCAGACUGCAGUGUUGUCAAGGACUACAAUCAUGUCUUCCAAAAAUGCACUUCCUCCUGCCUCCAGAGGUUAUGAGUCACAGCUUUAAACACACCUUUGUAUGAUUAAAUCUGUUGUGUCCAACAUUAAAUAUGCUUCAACAUACUGCAAAAACAUAUAACGACAAUAUUAAUAUAUGCUGUCUGGGAUAUUUGAAAAAGAUUUAAGUCAUGCUCAUGAAAUGUUUGUAUGUGAAUCAAUAUGUUUGCUUCUUUUUCUUCCCAAAUGAAACAGCACAUCAUCACCAUUAUGUUAUGAAGUUUUUAAUGUUGUAAAUGAGUGUGGGUGUCAGGUCAGAUGUAUCUUUUAUUAAUUUAUCAUCAUGUAUUUCCAAAAUAUGGAAACAUGUAGCCACUGCUGGUCUCUCAUUACUAAUGUAGGAGGGCCCUGGAGCUGUCUGAAAUAAUAACUGAGACCGAGGAUGUGGGUUUUGUAUCAGCAUUAAGGGGACACGUAUGAAACACACAAGGGUUUGGGGUCCUGCCCCAGAAAAUUUUGAGUGCCAAACACCUAAUUUUAUGCAUUAUGUUGUUUUUUCUGCAUCACUUUUCACCUUUUCGGCAUCAUUUUAUGGUGGAAAUGUCUUUACUUUUGUAAAAAUAAAAGUCCUUUGCUA